GUCAGGGCGUGGGAGGCGGGAAUGUGACUGAUAUUCCUGUUUAUGUCCAUAAACUGGAACAAAAACACAAAUUAUUGGAGCAAAUGCUUCCAGAGCUUUGCAAUCUUUUGGAUGAGACACAUGUCAGCUGUUUCAGUGAAAAGUGUUGAAACUAAAGGGAUAAAACGUAAAAAAGAAAUGGAGAAUGAAUAUUGUGAAACACCCAUGCAAAUCAAAAGACGUGUGGCUUCAACUUCUGCUUCAGAUGGAGGAGGGUGCUCUUCUAAUUCAGGAUCAGUAGAAAAAAUAUUGCAAGGUCUGAGGCACCUCUUUCCAAAGGUAAAGAAGGAAUCCAUAUACUACAACAGGAGAAAGGGACUAGAGAGUAUAGCACCUCUGUUAAUGACUGUGGAAGAAACCCCUGAACCCAUUCCAGUGAAAGUCAAAGGGGAAAUUCCUAAAUGGUUAAGAGGAAAUCUGCUGAGAAAUGGACCUGGAAAAUUUGAGUUUGGAAAUGACAAGUACACUCAUUGGUUUGACGGUAUGGCUUUGAUGCAUCACUUCAGAAUUGAAGAUGGUAAUGUAACCUACAUGAGCAAGUUUCUACGCAGUGAAACCUAUCAGACCAAUAGUGCAAACAACCGUAUCAUGGUUUCUGAGUUUGGAACUUUAGCAAUGCCCGACCCUUGCAAAAACAUUUUCGCAAGAUUCAUCAGCAAAUUUGAAAUACCAACAACUGAUAACGCCAGUGUUAACUUUGCACGAUACAAAGGAGAUUAUUAUGCGACCACAGAAACUAAUUUUAUCCAUAAAGUGAAUCCCAAUACCCUUGACACAGUAGAAAAGGUGGAUUGGACCAAAUUUAUCGCAGUCAAUGGAGCAACAGCCCAUCCACAUUACGAUCCUGAUGGGACAACCUACAAUAUGGGCAAUUCAUAUGGAAAAAAUGGCACAAUCUAUAACAUCAUUGCAGUCCCUCCGCAGAAGUCAGAUGAUGGGGAGACACUUGAAGGCGCCAGAAUUGUUUGUGGCAUUACACCAGUGGACAGCAUGAAGCCUUCUUACUACCACAGCUUUGGCAUGUCCAAGAACUAUAUCAUCUUUGUUGAGCAACCUCUGAAAAUAAAUGUACUGAAAAUUCUUACGUCCAAGUUCAGGGGCAAAAGUUUGAACCAUGCACUAAACUGGGAGCCAGAACUCAACACUGUCAUGCAUGUAGCUAAUAAACAUUCAGGAGAGAUGGUUCCCUUCAAGUAUUACAGCAAAGCCUUCAGUACAUUCCAUCAUAUCAAUGCUUUUGAAGAUGAUGGCUUUAUUGUUCUCGAUCUCUGCAGCUUUGACAAUGGCAAUGUUAUACAUAACAUAAAUCUCCAAAAUUUGCGUCAGUCUGGAGAAGCAUUGGAUGAGGUCUACAACACUUUACCAAAAGGCUUUCCACGCAGAUUUGUCUUGCCUUUGAAUAUCAACUCUGACACACCUAUUGAUCAGAACCUCAACUCUUUGACAUACAGCAAUGCAGUUGUAUUCAGAAAGGCUGAUGGAAAGAUUUGGUGUGAGUUUGAGAACCUCCAUGAUGAUGAUUUGUUGGAUGAAGGUGGAAUGGAGUUUCCACAAAUUAACUAUGCAAAGUAUAACACGAAGAAAUACAAAUUUUUGUAUGGAUGUGGAGCAAACAAUGUGAUGGUAGAUUCUCUUAUAAAGUUGGAUGUAGAAACAAAGAAAUUUAAGACCUGGAAAGAAAAAGGGUACUAUCCAUCAGAGCCAGUCUUUGUGCCAUCUCCCAACAGUGCAGAUGAAGAUGAUGGAAUUAUCUUAUCUGUAAUUGUUUCACCAAAUCAGAAUAAGAACAGCUUGCUGCUUGUGCUUGAUGCCAAGACCUUCACUGAAAUAGGCAGAGCGGAAGUGGCUGUUCGCAUUCCAGUUGGAUUUCAUGGUGUUUUUGCAGCAAAUUAAACUUACUGAAGCACUUCCACAAACUGUACAACUGGGUUCCAGCACUUCAGGAACUUCAAAAACAUUCAAACGCAUGCUUUUAUUAUGAAGUAAUUUUUACAUUCCAAAUAAGCGAUAAUGGUUAAUUCUCAAAUUUAGUGCAAUGGAUCUCACUUAGGAACAGCCCCAGGAAGCUCAAAUUGUGCCAACUGGCUAAAGCCUUAUAACUUUCUCUGUCAAUUAAGGACUUCAAAUCACAUUUAAGGCUCAAUUUUAACCAUUCCCAAUUUUCUACUGCCUGACGUACGAGUGUGGUGUUAAAAAGUUGUUUGUUGUUGAAACACUGCGCUUCAAAAGAGGCAAAAAACAGGACUAUCAGUUACUCUCAACAGUCAAUCUGCUUAAUAGCGAAUAGGUUACCCAAGACAAUGGCCCAUCAGUGAGUCAAUCUAUGGAAUGCGCCUCCUAGAUAAAUGGUGGCAGAUCUCAGUAUUAAUUUAAUCAGAAGUAAAGUUGAUUUCUUUCAGACGUAACAUUUGGUGUUCCAUUCUGUGAUAUGGGGUAUGUGGUAAAAGUAACAUGCUUGGCAUGAUCAGGUGAUUUUGGACCAAGGUUUCUGAAACUCACAACCAAUCAGAUUUUUCUUGUCUCAUUUCAGGGUCUGUUUUAGACGAAUAGCAAUUGAUUAUGUGGUCAGUCAUAAAAUCAGUAUGGAAGAGGCCAUUGAAUCUGUACCACCAAAAAUACGCGACUGCCUGUACUAGUCCCAUUUUCUGCCUUAGACCUAUAAUCUUAAACGUAAUGAUACUUCAAGUGUUCAUCCACUCCUUCUUUAAUGUUGUGAGCUUUUCCGCCUCAACCACCCUCCCAAACAGUACAGUCCAGACCCCACCACCCACAUUUUCUUUAAAUCCCCUGUAAACCUCCUAUAUUUCAUUUUAUAAGUGUGGCCCCUUGUUCUUGACCCUUUGACAAAGGGGAACAGUUGUUUUCUGUCCAUUCUGUCUAUGCCCAUUAUAAUCUUAUACACCUCUCUCUUCUGUGCUCCAAUGAAAACAACAUGAGCUUAUUCAGAGAUAGUAAGAACUGCCGAUGCUGGAGUCAGAGAUAACACAGUGUGGAGCUGGAGGAACACAGAAGGC